AUGCCGCAUACACUCCGAAAACGUGAAAAACAUACCGACUAUUUGUUGGAUCCGCCACUGACCAAUAUCAGUGCUCACUUCGCAGCGGAAAUUGGCUUUUCAAUGACUCAGAAUCUACCAACAGUGCUCUAUGCUGCACCGGAAGUAGCUUCCAUUCAGACUGCUCGGCAGCUCAUGGAUGGCGCCGAGAUUGGAAUGAUUUGGACGAUUGAACCGGGACUUGCCAGAUUCUGCUCGCCUGAUGAAGCAAAACCAGGUAUGGUUUUUCUCACCAAUAGUUAG